AUGGCUUCUCAGCAGCAGCAACAGCAACAGCAGCAGCAGCAGCAUCAUCAUCCUUACGCUGCAGCUCAGGUCGCUGAGAAGGUUAUGCGGAGAGUGGAAAUUGCAAAGGUUGCACGGAACCUUCAAGAUUGUCUAGCAUUUGCGAGCUUUAAAGCCCAGAACGGCUGGCAAGAUCGAACCCUUUCCACCAUUGAGCCCGAGGUCACAGAAAAGCUCAAGAGGAAACGACCAUUCCUGGAGGACGACGGCCCAUCCGAUGGCUCCUCCGGGACGGACGACGAAUAUGUCCCUACUCCCUCCAUCGCAAAGAACCGCUUCGCUCGUCCCUCGAAUGGAAAGUUCAAGGUUCCUGAGCCUCCUGGUGGCGCGAGAAAGAAAAGAGUCAGGUCAUCCUCCACGAACGGUCGUGAUAGGCAGUCUAGCAGCAUGACAUGGAAGCAAGACCACCGCCUCACACAGUCAUCUCCUGUCCUAGGAAGGUCACAUUCUUUUCAAGGGAAUAGGUUGUUUCACUCCGAUACCGCUGGAAUGCCACAAACUGCUCAAGACGACUCUCCCAUGUUCGAUGUCCGCUCUGACGACGAAGACCAUGACAUGCCAAUGCCCCCCUUUAGCGAUCAUCCAUCGAGCAGCAUUUUGUCAUCCUCACCGCCCCGGACUCCGCCACCUACCAAACGUCUACUGAAUGUCAAUGCUAAGCAAGCUGGAGCCGAUCUCCUUCUCUAUCUAGCCAACUCGCCGUCCCGCUCUCCGGCAAUCAACAUCCACCGGACGUCUAGUUCCUCCAAGGAACCUCCUUCUACCCCACCUUCGCAAAACUAUCAUCUUCCGUCCUCAGUCAUGACUACGCCGGGAACACAGUUGGGACUAUUCAAUGGUGCUCUCCAGACUCCAGGACAGAAUUUUAAUCUCGCCGAUUUUUGCAAUGUCACCCCAUCCCCAGCGCAGGCCCAAUGGGGCGGUCGAACACCAAAUGCGGCCAAGACGCCCAGUAGAUUCGCUCGCCGAAGCCUGAACUUUGAUUCCAUGCAACCUCCUUCUGGCAGCCCAACCUUACAGCGCAAGACGCCAACUACCAAAGGCCUAGCCCUGCAGCUUGGUGAAGAACUGAUCCCAAGAUCAUAG